UCGGCCUUUCUGGAUAUGACUGGGGAAUACCACUUCCCUCCAGCUCCCGAUUCCCUCCAGAGAGAGAGAGAGAGCAUAGAUGGGCACGCGAUACCUCGUAAGACCCACCUGGCAAAGAGGAAGAACAAACCCCCCCUGCCGCUGCCGAGUCCGACCCGACCCGCCCCAGCCGCCGCGGGAGGCGGGGCCGCCCGCCGCCAUUUUAGAUGCGCCCGCCUUCCCCCGCGCUGUGCGCAGUUGCUGCUGGUCGGUCGGCCCUUUCCAGCGCUGAGGAGUGCGGGAAGGUGUGUGGUGCUGGAGGUGGGUCGGGGAGAGCUGCAGCCCUACGGUGACUGUUGCUUUGGCAUCCAUCCUGAGAAGAUAAUGUCCAACGUACCCGUGGCUGUGGUGACCGGCUCCAACAAAGGGAUUGGAUUGGCGAUUGUGCGGGAUCUGUGCAAGCAGUUCAAGGGGGAUGUGUACCUUACUGCCCGAGACCCUGCCCGUGGUCAGGAAGCAGUGGCAAAGCUUCAGGAGGAAGGGCUGCAUCCACUCUUCCACCAGCUGGAUAUUGAUGAUCUGCAAAGCAUCAAAGUCUUGCGGGACUUCCUAAAGGAGAAGUAUGGAGGUCUGAAUGUGUUGGUUAACAAUGCAGGGAUUGCUUUCAAAGUUAGCGACAGAACUCCAUUUGCAGUCCAAGCAGAGGUUACACUGAAGACAAACUUUUUUGGAACCAGGAAUAUUUGCACAGAAUUGUUGCCUCUUAUAAAGCCUUAUGGUAGAGUGGUGAAUGUCUCUAGCAUGGUAAGUAUCUCAGCUCUGGGAGGCUGUAGCCAAGAACUGCAGAAGAAGUUCCGCAGUGACACAAUCACUGAGGAUGAGUUAGUGGAGCUCAUGACGAAGUUUGUGGAAGAUACUAAGAAAAGUGUGCAUGAGAAAGAAGGUUGGCCAAACACUGCUUAUGGGGUAUCCAAAAUUGGUGUCACGGUCUUAUCUAGAAUUCAAGCCCGGAUGUUAAAUGAGAAAAGAAAAGGUGACCACAUCCUUCUUAAUGCCUGCUGUCCUGGAUGGGUGAGAACAGACAUGGCAGGUCCAAAGGCCCCUAAAUCACCAGAGGAAGGGGCCGAGACCCCUGUUUACUUAGCCCUUCUGCCUUCUGAUGCUGAUGGUCCUCAUGGCCAGUUUGUUAGUGAGAAAACUGUUCGAACCUGGUAAACUUAACAUCUGUGGACCCUUGCAAGUGGUAACAUGGCUGUGGAUUAAGGUGUGCUUUGGUAGGGAUAUAUGCCUAGAGGAGUCUUACCCUGUCCACUUUAGUGCUAGGUCUUCUGUCUUUGUAGCGAGGGCUGCAGUUACUGUGUUUCUCUAACAUUUUGUCUAUACUAUGGUACUUCCAGCAGUGUCUGUUGGCUUGUUUGCAGCAUUGACUGGAUAGCCUGACUUCUGAUUUGUGGGGUGUUCCAGCCUAGUUAACAUGAGUUGAUUUGGUGUUACCCUAAUACAGAUGUGCCUGACCUUGUUUUACAGGAGUUUAGUCCUAGUGAAAUCAUUGCCAGCUCUUCUCUUUUUCCCCGUAAGAGAGCCUAUAGAUCUCUGUGAUAUGGGGCUCAUUUGAGGGGACAGAUGCCUUAUGCUUUCUCUGUGCAAUGGAUCUUUUUGGGGGACCAUAGUUGCUUCUUAAGAUUGUAUGGGAUUUCUUAACUGGAGAGAGGGUAUUUCUCAGAACUACAAUCUAACCAGUUUGGGUUGGGAGGAGCUAAUCAGAUUCAAACUGAAUCACUGUUGUAUAGAGAUUGCUUAUUGUUAUAGAAUGGAGUUGGGUGAAAAUAAAAAUAGCAAUGAUGUGCCAUUAAUAGGGAAAAAUUACCUAGUUGGCUUUAUUAAUAUGUAUGUAAUAUGAUUAGUUACAGACUUGUAUUCAUACAACUGGAUUAUUCUGAUUCUAAAAAUCUAUGUUUGUUAAUACUAUGCUUUUAUUUUCUGUAUCCAAGUCUGUAAUGGGAGUGUGUGAUGUUUGGAAUAUAUGGAGACAAAAUAAACUACAAAACUGGUA